CUUGUACACUGUGGAACAGACUUGGAUGACUGUAGGGUGAGUUUAUCAGUCACUCGCCUUCUGCAGCUCUGCCUCUCGCUGACAGUCAGCCAGUAGCCGCUGGAUCGUAGUUCAGCAUACGAACAAGUGGGAUUUACAACCGAGCUGAACCUCAGGAGUUAAAAUAAACGACAUUGUAGUUGUUUCACGCCCCAAUGGAUACUGUUCAGAAAUUGGCGUCUGGAUUCCUUGUUAACCUUGGACCUCUGAAAGAACCUCUUGGGUUUAUUCGUGUCCUAGAAUGGGUCUUUACCAUCUUUGCCUUCUCUACCACUGGGGGUUACUUUGGGACAACCCACUUCAAAGUCAAAUGUGGAGACAAGGAACCAGAGGAUGUUGAGGCUGUGUUUGCAUACCCAUUCAGGUUGUCAGCUUACCCAUAUAAGAUACCAUCGUGUAAUGGUGGCCAAUCCAAUGAGACCUACCUGCAGGGAGACUUCUCCUCCUCAGCGGAGUUCUUUGUGUGUGUCAGUGUAUUUGGGUUUCUUUAUUGCACUGCCACGGUAGUCCUCUACCUGGGCUUCCAGAAUGUCUACCGCCAGACCACCCGCGGCCCUAUCAUUGACCUUGUGGUGACCGCUGCCUUUGCCUUCCUGUGGCUUGUGUCCUCCUCAGCUUGGGGAAAAGGCCUGACUGAUGUGAAAUUGGCCACUAACCCUGAGCACUUAGUGGAGCAAUGCAAGGGCGUCUGUCUCCCAGGAGAGUUUCCUUCCAUGGGCCGCCUCACUGCCUCUGUGAUAUUUGGCUUCUUGAAUCUGAUCCUGUGGGCAGGUAACUGCUGGUUCAUUUACAAAGAGACUCCUUUCCACAAGGAUCCCAACCCACCCGCCACCAUGGAGGAAGUUGAGGCGCCUAAUCCAGAACACUGAGGGUCCUUAGGCAAUUGCCUGCACCCACAGCGGAAAAGCUUUUUGCCCAACACUGGUCUCCUGCAGUUGUGAUUAAGAAUCCCCCAAUACUUGUCAAAAAGAUUUGUCAAUUAUAAAUAGCUGAAGGUAACCUCAAACCCAGUGGCUGAAAUAUCUUAAACCCAAGUGCCCAUGAAAACACUAAGUGUGAAUACACUAUCUACCACAAGAUGUGACUGUAGCCUGAAACCUAAAAUGUAUGUAAGAUCUGUAAGAGCAAACGUUACAGCACAGAUUCUAACUACUUUAUUUCAAUUUCAAUAAAUGACUCAGCCUCAAGGUUAAAAUAUGUUGCAUGCUCUUUUUCCUCCAGUUAUAGAAACAGUCAUAACCAGAGGUGUAAAAAGUACUAAAAUAUUGUACUCAAGUAAAAGUACAAUUACUUUGAUGAAAUUUUACUUAAGUACAAGUAAAAGUACCCAUCUAAAAAUCUACUCAAGUAAAAGUAAAAAGUAGUUAAUUUAAAAUGUACUUUAAGUAAAAGUUACUUAGUUACUUCGAACAAAUUGAUGGGGGCCGCUCCUAUACAGUGCAAAAAAGGACAAGGGGUCAUAAAUCCAAUCCAAAAAAAGUUAUUUUUAAUUAAGGAGAUUCUUUACAAAUAUAAGUACAAUGACAUUAAACAUGUCAAACAUAAACAUUUAACAUGUCAACACAACAUUUUAGAAAUUUUGGGAGGACAUGUCAAGACAUGAACCACAUGACAGCUAAAAUAAAAAGUUAAAAUGCCGCUGUCCCACUGUAUAUUUAAACUUUUGGUUAAACUUUGGUCCACCUUUAGAGCACUAGUCUACAAACUUCUUGUUGAGUUUGAGCAGCAGCUGAUUUUCAAGGUGAGAAGAGCUCAUCCAGGCUCGCUUUGCAGUGAACAGCAAUCCAGCACCGCUGAAGAGUCGCUUGCAGGCGGCCAAGUCAGGUAGGCCAGUAUUGAGUUUCAGGCAGUGUUGUGCAUGAACAAGUUCAAAAGAACGCGUUCAAAAGAACGCGUUCAAAAGAACGCGUUCAAAAGAACACGUUCAUUUUUAUGAGAAAGUUGAACUGAACACAACUUAAUGACAAUAAUUAAUUUGAACGGUGAACACGUUCAUAUUAUCUGAGGUCCAGCUAAAACGUUACGGAAUGUUUUCCUUCUCCUGAGGAGAGACAGUUUCUAAUCGAAUGCUUGCACCAUGUCGUUGCUAUCUUUGUUGUGUUUAUUUGAAAAGAAAUGCAGUCUUACAGGGCAAAAUACCGUCUGUAUGUUGCAGUUCCGUUUUUCUGGAAAAUCGUUUGUGGGGGGGGGGGGGGGGUUGAAGCUUGCAUAGAGCACCAAAUGUGCUAGGUCCGGCCCUGUGUAGCGCAGUUAUUCUCAAACUGUGUGGUGCGCGGAGUCAUAACAGGUGGGGCGCGCGACCGGGAGGGGAAAAUGCUAGGUGGAACUAAUAUUACCGCCGAACUAAUGUUUUGACGUCCGCAUCUCUUUAACGAUCAGUUUUCAUAUGUUGAACGUGCACGUGAGGGAACGUCAUCCACUCUGCAGGAUAUACCACUGCAGUGAGAAUUGACUUGCGCCUUAAACUAUGUUUAUUUUUUUACUCAGUAACGGAUGUAAUUCCAAAGUAGCGAAGUAAAAUACAUCAGUCAAAAUCUACUUAAGUAAAAGUAAAAUUACCCAUUUCAAAAACUACUCAAAAAAUUACAAAGUACACAAAAAAACUACUCAAUUACAGUAACGUGAGUAAAUGUAAUUCGUUACUUUACACCUCUGGUCAUAACACUACCCCACCUCUUGAGUCCUAUGAGAAACACUGCAAUAUGUUAGAUAACCACAUAUUUGUUAAACUUCCAAUUCACUUGGAUUUUCCUGUGCUUUAAAUAGAAAACACACAAACAUGGAAACAUCACACUCCAAUCUGCUUUACCUCAGGAGGGGAAGCAAAGCUUUUGACUUUUGAAAUAGUUAUUUUCAGUGAUGUUACAGCUUAUGACAGCAUUUGCCACACUACUGUGUCCAGGACAAGGCAGACUCUCUACAUGUUUACUCCCAAAGCUAAUGUAUUGAUAUCAGGUUAAACCUCAAUUAAUUCCUGUUAGUUCAAAAUGUUAUAUUUAAACUACUCUGUCACAGUACAGCUCCACCUUGUUUGCAAAACAAGACUUUAUUUACAUUAUUAUAUACAGGUUAUUGUAUUCUUUCCACAUUAUUUGGUCUGUUGUAUUUUUUUAAAACCACUGUUGGGUUUAUGUUUGUAUUCCCCAAUGAAAAAUCAUCAGUGUACUUUUUUUUCCCUUACAUUUUCGGUGAUGUCACAUUCAUUGUACCAUUGUGUGUCAAAAGCGGCAAGAUGUGGAUGCCAGAUUGAUGUAAUCCUGCUGUAUUUCUUAUUUCUCCUUCACCAAUUUUUUCUGUACAUGUAACUUGCAGCAUUGCAGUACAUAGUACUGGUUCUCUAUACCUAAUGAAGAAUGUAUAUUAUCAGGCCUGACCCUAACCCCACAAUACUAUAUUGAGUCACUGUUGACUCGGAGGGCCUGAAUUACCCUUAUGAAUUAUAUGCGUAUUAAUAGAUCGAACAGUGACUCAUAUGGCAACUAUCUGUGCAGCUGUAUUAUUUCAUAGCCUUUGGAAUGUAUGAGGGACUAUUUGAGACACUAUAAGUAAAGUAAUAUAAUUCCACAUAUUUACAUUGGUCAUAUAUGCUUAAUCAAUUUUAAAAUAUACUUUUUGCUUUUAGUAGAGCAGGGUGAUAUAUUGAUGCUCAUGUUAUGUUUAUUGACAUUCAACUUAAUUUAUGUUAUGCCUUGUAUGUGCCCACGGAAAAAAAUUGGUUGGUCUGUAAUGAUAUGUAAAACUUGAGUGCUGCAACUGCUGGAUACAGUCUGCUUUCUUGAUUA